AUGGUGUCCCUUUUCCGAAUUCCCUUUCUCUCCACCAAGUCCAAUGUGUCAGAACCUCCUGCAGACAUGGUACCGAAAGACUUGGACGUCUCAGUGGCCAAUCCAGCAAAUUUCGAGUCCAUCGCCGACAAGGUCGAAACCUUGCAAGCCGAGCUAGCUUAUGCCCAUGACCUCUGUGAACAAGCUAACCUCCAGUUCGACAUGUUCCGCACCGAGAUCUACAACUUCAAGCAGCAAAAUGCCCUUUUGAUGCAACAACUCGCCGAACGUACCACCUUGGCCAACGCCCUUCAAGCUCAGGUGACUCAGCAACGCGCAGACCUGAGAAAGGAAAGAACUUUGAAUAUCCAAAUGGCUGCGAGGCUAAGGACCGAGACAAACUCUCUGAAGGCAAUGACAAACCAGGCUCAAACAGCCCAGCAGCAUCUUGAUGAUGCCAAGUUCGAUAUUGAGUACCUCAAAUGCACUACAACAAUGGGCAACCCUUUACUUCCUCCCUUGACUCCUGAUCAUGAAACCCCGCUUCCACCACGGCCCUUUGUCGUUGUUCUCGUCGAUGGUGAUGCUUACGCGUGGUCUUCGGAUUUGUUCGUGAAUGGCGGACACUCUGAAAAGACACCUGGUGGUAUGGCUGCGAUGCAGAUUAAAUUCGAAGUCACCAAAUACAUCCGAGAUCAAAAAGGCACCAUCCCCUAUACCUCUGCCAUUGUCACACGAGUAUUCCAAAACUUCCAGACCAUCUCCAGGACUGCUCAAGCACCCUCACGCCAUGGAAAUGGGCGGCGAGAUUGGCACAUAUUCUCCAUUCAGUUCACCGAAAAAUUCCCUCUCUUUGAUUUCUUCGAUGCCGGCAGGGGAAAAGAAAGAGUCGACGACAAAAUUCGAGAGCACUUCCAUUUGUUCCUGUCCCACCCCAACUGCUAUGCAAUUUUCCUCGCCGCUUGUAAGGACAAUGGGUUUGCUCGCAUGCUCGAGCCAUACGUAGACCAUCCAUCUAUCCGUGAAAAGAUCAUCCUCGUCUCUCCCGGCUUUAAGGCUCCCGAGAUUGCUGGACUUCCGUUCACCACGAUCGUGUGGCCUAGCAUAUUCAAAACUGAGGUUGCACCGCGUGACAUAUCGAUCAAAACGGCAAAACACGCACGAGAGAAACAGAUUGCCCAGUGGCUGAGCAGACUGAGUCUGGACAAGGGUACGAGUGCAAAGACUCGAGCCAUAAACUUUACACCAAAGCCUGCAGCCGUGCUCGAUCUUCUGCAGCCAUGGGAUGUCCACUGCGCGUUGGCAAGGUAUUUCGGUAUGGGGACAACCAGGUUCAAUGACUUUAAACGUGGGGAACACGCAUGCAGCAUCGAGCCUUGUGCAGAUUCUUUGGAAACACGAGAAAUCGAAUGA